AACGCGGAGUGGGCGGGGCGAAGGGUGCGCGACUCCUUGUCCCCUGUCCAAGAUGGCUGCGUCCAUGGCGCGCCGCUUGUGGCUUUUGGUGGCUGGUCGGGGUCUUCGGCCCCGGAGAGGCUGCGUCCGCAGCCACAGCCCGAGGAGAACUUUCGCCACGGAGAGACGAGACCGGAACCUCCUGUACGAGCACGCGCGCGAGGGCUACAGCGCGCUCCCCGAGCUGGACAUGGAGCGCCUGUGCGCAUGCCCGGAAGAGGCCGCGCGCGCCCUGCAGCUCCGCAAGGGGGAGCUGCGGCCGGAAGACCUGCCCGCGAUCAUCUCAACAUGGCAGGAGCUGAGGCAGCUGCAGGAGCAGAUCCGGAGUCUGGAGGAAGAGAAGGGGACUGUGGCUGAGGCAGUACGGGCCCUGCUGGUAAACCAGGACAACAGUCAAGUGCAGCAGGUACUACAGGGGGCUGAUGUCCCGUCCCUGGGGGGAGCGGGCAGGUGCCAAGUGAGUCCCGAUUCCUACAUUGUAACAGAAGACAACAGGAUUGUCCAUCCAGGACCCCCAGUAUCAGAGUCUGCGGGCACAUGGCCGGGAGAUCCGCAAGCAGCUCACGGUCCUGUACCCCAAGGAGACCCAGCUCAAGGAGCAGUUCUACCUACAGGCGCUGAAGCUGCCCAACCGGACCCACCCGGAUGUGGACCCCCCGCUGUCUCUCUGCAGCCCACCGGGGACGAGAGCCAGGCCCGAGUGCUCCACGUGGUCGGAGACAAGCCAGCUUUCUCCUUCCAACCCCGGGGCCACCUGGAAAUCGCAGAGAAACUCGACAUCCUGCGGCAGAAGCGCCUGUCCCAUGUGUCCGGCCACCGCUCCUAUUACCUGCGUGGGGCUGGUGCCCUCCUGCAGCACGGCCUGGUCAACUUCACACUCAACAAGCUCAUCCACCGGGGCUUCACCCCCAUGACGGUGCCAGACCUCCUCCGAGGAGCUGUGUUUGAAGGCUGUGGGAUGACGCCAAAUGCCAACCCAUCCCAGAUUUACAACAUCGACCCCUCCCGCUUCGAAGACCUCAACCUGGCUGGGACAGCAGAGGUGGGGCUUGCAGGCUACUUCAUGGACCACUCCGUGGCCUUCAGGGACCUGCCGAUCAGGAUGGUUUGUUCUAGUACCUGCUACCGGGCCGAGACAGACACAGGGAAAGAGCCACGGGGACUGUAUCGAGUACACCACUUCACCAAGGUGGAGAUGUUUGGGGUGACAGGCCCUGGUCUGGAGCAGAGCUCACAGCUGCUGGAUGAGUUCCUGUCCCUGCAGAUGGAGAUCUUGACAGAGCUGGGCCUGCACUUCCGCGUCCUGGACAUGCCCACCCAGGAACUGGGCCUCCCCGCCUACCGCAAGUUUGAUAUCGAGGCCUGGAUGCCAGGCCGCGGCCGCUUUGGCGAGGUCACCAGCGCCUCCAACUGCACAGACUUCCAGAGCCGCCGGCUGCACAUCAUGUUCCAGAAGGAGGCCGGGGAACUGCAGUUCGCCCACACGGUGAACGCCACGGCCUGUGCUGUCCCUCGCCUCCUCAUCGCCCUCCUGGAGAGCAACCAGCAAGAGGAUGGCUCCGUCCUCGUGCCCCCUGUCCUCCAGCCCUACCUUGGCACCGAUCGGAUCACUGUCCCCACUCACGUGCCUCUCCAGUACAUCGGACCCAACCAGCCCCAGAAGUCCAGGCUCCCCAGCCAGCCUGUUCCGAGCUGAGAGCUCACCCUCAUUGGUCAGCAGGGCUUUCGCUGCUUCCUGGAGCUCAGGGGACUCUGGAAACCCGGGACCUAUUUUCCUGAGCCUGUCCUGACAUCUGCAUUCCUCGUGUCAGCUCCGUGCCUGGGCCCCUUCCCUUCUUCCCCAAUUUUCUCAGAACCAGCCAGUGACCCUGUCAUCACUGACAGUCCCAACCCUGCACCAGAAAGCAGGACAUCUGGGGACUUGACGGUUGUAAGGACAGGGAAGGAGAGGAAGAGUCCCCAGCCCUCCUUCCUUCCUUCCCUCAGGAUGUAGCAGAAAGUCCCCAAUAAAUGGUCAGAACAAA